AUGGGGAAAAAAUUUAAAAAAGAUGUGGCUACAGAUACCUCAGAAUUUCAAGUGGUUUCAUCCUGCUCAUCAUCAUCAUCCUCAACAUCAACGGAAAUAACAAAAAGUUCUUCAACACUAGCUUAUACAUCUACUUCCAUAGUUACUGAAUUGAAUAAAAAGAUAAAACCUGCUGCUGUAGCAAGAAAUAAAAGAGUUUCAGAUACUUCACCACCAAAACGUCCCCUUAAAAAGCGAUAUUCUAAGGAUGAUUACAUAUCUCCAAGCACUUCUAGUUCCUUAAAAAGUUUAAAAAAUGUGGCUUUAUCUAGGUUAAACCAGAAAGAAGCAACUACUUCUAUCGAACAAAUUGUUAGCGACUUAAGCUACUCCACUGUUACCACCUCCUCCACCAUUACUGAAAGUGUGGAAUUUCCAUUGACAACUACGGAAAAUGAAGAGUCUAGAAAUACCCAAAGGAAACCAGAAACUGUUCCGCCAACUUUUUAUUAUGAUUCUGUGUCAUCUACUACAUCAACGAUCACAUCAAUUGCACGUGCCAGUACAACAAUUCCAGCAAAAGAGAAAGUAGCAACUGAUCCGGAUAAUGAAAAUAAAAGUCUAUCUCUAGAUUCAUUAAAAAAAGAUUUAGUUUCGGAUACUGGUGCAACCAAAGAAACUCCAGAUAGAAAACCUGUAUUCGUAGAUGAUUCCGUCAUAAUAGAAGACUCUGUGUCUGGGACUGAUCUUAAAGGAAGUAAAGAGAGCUUAGGGGAAAAUAAAGAACUAUCAUUGAAAUUUGUUAAAAUAGACACAGAUUCCGAAUCUUUCAAAAAAUCUAGCAUAUCUAGACAUGUUGAAAGGGCAACAAGUUCAGAAGAGAGUAACGAAAAGAGACAAUUACCAGCUUUGCUUAAAUCCAGUAAAUCUCAACAUGUUAGAACAGCUUCCACAUACGGCGAUGAUGAUGAUGAUUCUGAUGAUGAAGAUCGUGAAAGCACAAAUUUGCAAAUGGGACAUGUUUUUGUCUACAUGGUCAUACCGCCCGAUGGUGGCUAUGGUUGGCUUAUAACUUUUAUAUCGUUUUUAUGUCAAGUUGUAGUUGAUGGCAUCAUGUUUUCGAUAGGAAUUGUAUUACCAGACAUUGCCAAAGAUUUUAAUAUACCGGGAUCAAAUGUGGUUUUGGUGGCCUCCAUGCAAGUUGGUUUCUACUUUCUCUCUGGCACAGUUUCAAGUGCCUUUAUCAACAAAUUUGGAUUUCGUCCGGUAGCCUUAAGCGGCUGCUUAAUGUCCAUAACAGUCUUAACUAUAGCCAGCUUUAGUGUCAACCUGCCCAUGAUGAUAGUAUUCUACAGUAUCUUGGGUGGUCCUAGUCUUAGCAUGAUUUGGGUCUCUUCCCAGCUUAUCAUUGGUUAUUAUUUCGAUAAAUAUCGGCCCAUAGCAAAUGGAGCUGCCUGUUCGGGGGCUGGUGCUGGCAUUAUGUUAUUUUCCUAUAUGAAUAGUGUAUUGGUGCCGGUAAUCGGUUGGCGUAAUCUAAUGAGAGUUCAUGUGGGAUUUUUGAUAGUAGUACUAAUAAUGACCUUGACAUUUAUAGAAGUGGCACCCACUAGAAUAGGCAAAGUAAAAGAGCCUUUAUUAGCAGAAGAUACUGAAUCGGAAUCAUUCGACUUGUUAACUGGACUUACAGAAUAUGCAAGAUACUCGUUUAAAGUCAAUGAUAAGGAAUAUUCGUUGGAUGAUAAUUUUGAAACUAUGUUGGAAAAAACUGAUGACCCCAAAGACAAAAAAUCUCCUAAAUGCUGUUAUGAUUGUUUAAAAAAAUGCUGUCCCUCCCUACAACGUUACUGGGAACACCAGCGCGAAAUAAAAGCCAAAAAAGAGGCUACCAAACGUUAUGUGAUUAAACAAGAUCUCAUUGAAAGACAGGAUCUUUUCUAUAUGGGUCCCAAAGAUCACAAACAACAACAAAAUGUAGAAGAACUAUUAAAAAAACGUGCCUCACAACGUCAUAGCAUAGCGGAUGAACAUGGUGAAUGGCGCUCUAUAUCACUGGAUGAUUUUGAUAAUAAACAUAAAAGACACACUGUUAUCAGUACUUUGACCAACCUGCAACAGCUAAAGAAGGAUCAACAAACUUCUGAGGAAUUGAAAGGCAAAGAAAAACAUCCUUUUUUAGAAUUUUUCUCACCCCAAAACUUAAUACAUCCUAAGAUCCGCAAGGCUUUUAGUUUACUAUUUGAUUUUCGCUUGCUGGCCAUCAUGGAGUUUCGUAUUCUAUUGUUGUCGGCAUUUUUAUUUCCCAUGGGUUUUAAUAUACCAUUUGUGUAUUCUACAGUGCGUGUACAAAUUGAUGCAUCUUUUGCCAAGCUAAUUUCACCCACCAUUGGUUUCUCAAAUUUUGCUUUUCGUAUUGCAUCUGGUUUUGUUGCAUUCAAAUUUCGUGAAUAUACAACUUACAUUUGUGGUGGUGGCAUGUUUUUCGGUGGUAUUGCUGUGCUCGUAAGUGCCUUCUAUGGCCUCGAUGUGGUUUGGUUUCAAUUUCUGUAUGCCAUGUGCUAUGGCAUUGCUCCAGCCUUCUAUUCAACACUGCGUGCCAUUAUCUAUGUACGUUCGCUGGGCCUGGAUAAGCUAACAAACGCCUUUGGUUUAACAGCUUUGGCCAUGGGUAUGGGUGUUUUUAUUGGUACAACAGCUGGUGGAAUCUUAAAUGAUUUCACCGGCAGUUACACAGCCUCAUUUGUAUUUGCGGGUAUUUGUAUAUGCACUUCGGGUGCCUUGAAACUGGUGUUGCCCUAUUUAAUUAAACUCUCCAAAGAUAAGGAACGAAAGUGA